AGGACGGAAGAGAUGCUUGCGAAACAAACGCCAUUAACAAAACAAAUGCUCUCCGAGCUCUUACGAGCAAGUUCUUCAAAGCCGAAGCAGCUUAAGAAGAUCCAUGCGAUUGUACUAAGGACAGGUUUCUCUGAAAAGAACAGUCUUUUAACUCAGCUGUUAGAGAAUCUUGUAGUUAUUGGUGACAUGUGUUACGCACGCCAGGUGUUCGACGAAAUGCACAAGCCGAGGAUCUUCCUUUGGAACACUCUUUUCAAAGGGUACGUUAGAAACCAGCUCCCUUUUGAAAGUCUCCUACUUUAUAAGAAAAUGCGUGAUCUUGGUGUCCGUCCUGAUGAAUUUACUUACCCGUUUGUGGUGAAAGCGAUCUCUCAGCUUGGGGAUUUUUCCUGUGGGUUUGCUCUUCAUGCCCAUGUGGUGAAAUAUGGUUUUGGGUGUCUUGGGAUUGUUGCAACUGAGUUGGUAAUGAUGUACAUGAAGUUUGGUGAAUUGAGUUCGGCUGAGUUUUUGUUUGAGUCAAUGCAAGUCAAAGAUUUAGUGGCUUGGAAUGCGUUUCUUGCGGUUUGUGUUCAAACGGGGAACUCCGCUAUAGCUCUUGAGUAUUUCAACAAAAUGUGCGCGGAUGCAGUUCAGUUUGAUUCGUUUACUGUCGUGAGUAUGCUUUCUGCUUGUGGUCAGCUAGGCUCUUUGGAGAUUGGAGAAGAAAUUUAUGAUCGUGCGAGGAAAGAAGAGAUUGAUUGUAACAUAAUAGUCGAAAAUGCAAGGCUUGAUAUGCACUUAAAGUGUGGUAACACUGAAGCUGCCAGGGUAUUAUUCGAGGAAAUGAAACAGAGGAAUGUGGUUUCAUGGAGCACAAUGAUUGUAGGAUAUGCAAUGAAUGGAGAUAGCAGAGAAGCUUUGACAUUGUUCACUACGAUGCAGAAUGAGGGACUUAGACCUAACUACGUGACAUUUCUCGGGGUAUUAUCUGCUUGUAGCCACGCUGGACUAGUGAAUGAAGGAAAAAGGUAUUUCAGUCUCAUGGUUCAGUCGAAUGAUAAGAAUCUGGAGCCUAGAAAAGAGCAUUAUGCAUGUAUGGUUGAUCUAUUGGGACGCUCUGGUCUUCUAGAGGAGGCUUAUGAAUUUAUCAAAAAGAUGCCAGUGGAACCAGAUACCGGUAUCUGGGGAGCUUUGUUGGGUGCUUGUGCAGUUCAUCGUGAUAUGAUAUUAGGGCAGAAAGUGGCAGACGUUCUUGUUGAAACAGCUCCUGAUAUUGGUUCAUACCACGUACUACUGUCUAAUAUCUACGCAGCUGCUGGUAAAUGGGAUUGUGUUGACAAAGUAAGGAGUAAAAUGAGGAAGCUGGGCACUAAAAAGGUUGCAGCCUAUAGUUCUGUUGAAUUCGAGGGCAAAAUCCAUUUUUUCAAUAGAGGAGACAAAUCACAUCCGCAAUCAAAGGCGAUAUAUGAGAAAUUGGAUGAAAUCUUGAAGAAGAUAAGGAAAAUGGGGUAUGUUCCAGAUACGUGUUCAGUAUUUCAUGAUGUGGAAAUGGAGGAAAAAGAAUGUUCUCUGAGUCAUCACAGUGAGAAGCUCGCUAUUGCAUUUGGACUCAUUAAAGGGAGACCGGGACAUCCUAUACGGGUUAUGAAGAACUUGAGAACCUGUGAUGAUUGCCACGCUUUCUCCAAGUUUGUUUCCAGUCUUACUUCGACAGAAAUCAUCAUGCGAGACAAGAACAGGUUUCACCACUUCAGGAAUGGUGUCUGCUCUUGCAAAGAGUUCUGGUGACUUCACUUACUGGUGCUCUUAUUAUUAAAAGAGGUCUGAUGAGAAAUGCAUCCACAGAUUUUAAAUGUAUCUGAAGCUUUGAAUAGUAUCAAAAGACCAGUUGAUCCAAAACCAAGUUCCUGAUCCACUAAACUUGCAUAUGGCAACAAAUCGUGAAGCUUUUGUUUAAUCUUCUGCACAAGUCAGAAGCCUGAAUAAGGUAGCUAAGUCAAUCACACUAUACUCAUUAAUGCUUGUUUGAUCUUUAAUUGCUCAUUAAUUAUAUCUAGAUCUAAUUAAACCUGACCACACGUUUUUGCCAACUAAUGGCUUUUGUAUCUUUCUUAGUAUAUUCCACUGAUUUAACAGGCCUUUGUAUUGUAUCUCUUAUGAUGUAAAAACAACUGAAAUUGAACCCUUUUUGCAGGAGAUAAAGAAGGGUCAAAAUUUGUGAAUAAGAAUUCAAUGUUGAUGUCAGUAAUUAGAUGCUGCUCUAUUGACACUGAUCAAAAACAGAGUUUGCCUCUGUUAAUGGUUUUCUCUGAGAGUUGAAAAGCAGAGACAUGGAAGAAGCAAGAAAUAGAAAAAAGUUCUCGUGAAAGACAGAGAGAGAGAGAGAUGGAGACAAAACAAAGAAGAGAGGUUAUCUCACUUGUCGUCAAGACAUUCCAAGCAAAAAGACUCUGCAACAACGGUAUCUUUUUUUGGUCAAUUUAGCAAAACUAAGGUAAUCAAUCCUCCCAUUAAAAGCUACUUGCUUUAACUAGUAAAAAACACUUUUUACAUUAGUAUCAUCAAAUUUGAUUUUUACUGUCUCAAUACACUUUCUCUUUCUCUCCUCUCAGAAAACAUAAAAUCGUUUUUUUUUUUCUUACCGGGGACAACGGCUAUUAAUACUGAACUGUCCACUGCACCAUCUCCAAGCAACAACAUGGCUUGAAUUUUGAAAAAUAAUGUGCAAUUUUUCAUUAAUAAAAUUAAAAAUAUGAGCAGAGAGAAGAGAAGAGAACAAUCAAAGCAUUGGAGGAGGUUAGAUAAAUAAAUUAACUUUCACAGUACAGAUAUAUGAGAAGGUUCUCCCAGGAAUCAAGGGUCAAGAUCAUUUGAUAAGACCCAUAAGAUAAGGAAACACAAAUCUAAUUCCAUUGAACAAUAAAAAUCUUUAUUCAUCUUCUCCUCUUUCUACUUCUUCUUCUUCUUCUUCUU